AUGAAGAAACAAACGGGGUUACUAUUUUUAAUCCUUGGCCACACACCCAACAAAGUUGCCUUCUGGGCAGCCGGACCACUACACACGCUUGCAUACCAGUCAUCUGGCGUGGUAGAUAAAUUCAUUUACACGGAUGGUCGCAUAAGUUCAUUUGAGCCGAUUGUAGACAGGAUUGCUUCUCGAAUCAUGGCCUCUGUGGUGGUCUCAAAAAGAGGAAACUGGCAGCCAAUAACGUAUCUUCGAGAUAGGAGUCGGUACUGCCGGGAAUCUGUGGAACUAAUAGCCAGGAGGAACUUGGUUAAUGAACUUUUGACCAGACGUUCAAGGGUUUCCAUUAAGAGCGAGGCAUGUUGGAUUUCCCAAGAGUUAGAGGGAGUUUGUCUGAAUUUGGAUUUGGAUAAUGGAUUUCCUCCACCUGUAGGGGGUGAUUUCAUGACCUGUAAAGUAUGUAAAAAGAUUUAUUACAAGAAUUUAAAAAUCUUGGCCGCCUUGUCUCAAAACACGAACUGUAAGGCCGUCGGUCCCCGGCGCGGCAGAGGGGAAUCUGUGGAACUAAUAGCCAGGAGGAACUUGGUUAAUGAACUUUUGACCAGACGUUCAAGGGUUUCCAUUAAGAGCGAGGCAUGUUGGAUUUCCCAAGAGUUAGAGGGAGUUUGUCUGAAUUUGGAUUUGGAUAAUGGAUUUCCUCCACCUGUAGGGGGUGAUUUCAUGACCUGUAAAGCACUCCAGUUUCCCGACCAAGACGGUAUCCCUUCGCUCAUCUUGGGAGCUGGUGGCCCGGACAUCAGCACCUUCAUCCUUGGUCUCUUACGUAUCCCCCUUAUCACUGACACAAUUACAAGUCGGCGGAGGCACUCUACCAUUGUUCUACACUGCAAGUCAGGUCCACAAACUGCUUCAUCUAGCUAUCGUGGCAUCCAUCGCACCUACUUACCCCCUCGUACCCUGGAGCUCCUUAUCAAAGUCCCUGUCAUGGAUAACCUACUCACCACCAAGACCCUUAACAACCGGCAGUAUGCGUUUAUGGCACGGCGGUCAGCUAACACAUGCUAA